CCCUUGUUGGAUAUGUCAUCUCUGUUUCUCUCCAUCUUUCUCUCUCUUCUGUAUAUACAUAUAUAUAUAGAGAGAGGGGGGGUGUUGUGAAUAUUUGUGAUAAAGAAACCUAACAUAUGAGAGGAGAGGAUAAAGAAUUUACAGGGAGAGAGAGUUGAGAGAUUAUCAUAUCAGUGAUGGGUAGAGGAAGAGCACCAUGUUGUGACAAGAGCAAGGUAAAGAAGGGUCCAUGGAGCCCUGCUGAGGACUUUAGACUCCUCACUUUCAUUCACAACCAUGGUCAUACCAACUGGCGCUCUCUCCCUAAACUUGCUGGAUUGUUGCGUUGUGGGAAGAGUUGCCGACUGAGGUGGAUUAAUUACCUAAGGCCAGAUUUAAAGAGAGGAAAUUUCACCAAGGAAGAAGAGGAAACCAUUAUUAAGCUACAUCAGUCUUUGGGAAACAAGUGGUCAAAAAUUGCAUCAUAUUUACCAGGAAGAACCGACAAUGAGAUAAAGAAUGUGUGGAAUACACAUUUGAAGAAAAGAUUAAUCAAGAAAGAUGCAGAUGAUGAUCACAAGAAUUCAAGAGGCUCUUGCUCUUCCCCAUCUUCCUCUUCUUCUUAUUCUUCUUCUUCAUCGUCAUCUAAUUUAAGGCCUCAUACUCAUUAUGAAUCUCAUCAAGUAUGCAAUAUGGAGAAGGAGGUGUUACUGUCAGCGAAGAAUCAAGAUAUCUCAUCAAUUACUACUAGUUCUAGUGCUAGUGAUUGUGCUGGACCAAAAGAAGCAAUAUCAACUUCUUCCUCCUCCAAUUGUUCUCAUCAGGUUGAUAAAGCAGCGGUGGUGGUGUAUGAUGAAGUGAAUAAGCAGAAGAUGAGUUUGAAUUCAGAUGAUCAUCAACAAGAAGUGAUUGAAAUCCCCAUGGAGGAGUCUGAUAUUGAUUUCUGGGACAUGUUGGAUAACUUGGAGUCCAAUGAAUCCCAACCACAAGAGUUUGAGUUUGAGGCUUCCCAUAAUUCCCAAGACUCCAACUUAUUUGGAGAAGAUCUUGAUGAUCAUGAUCAUGAUCCUAAUAGGGGAAUAGGAAUUGAAUGGUUGAGAUACUUGGAAAAUGAGCUUGGACUAGAAGAUGAUGAUCAGUGCAACAAUAUUAUUGCAGCAAAAUAUAAUGAUGAAGUGGGACAAUUAGGCUCCUCCACCACCUCCUUAGCUGAUCAUCAUCAGGUGAUGUUGAUGAGGCCAGAAAUUGAUCAAUUUUUUGGGAUCUAAAUUAAAUGAAGUCAAUUCAAAUGAUUGGUUAGCAUGUCAGAAUUGGAAAAUUUAGCUUAGACAGAGCAAGGCAUAUAGCUCAGUGGUUAAGAUCUUGUACUAUUUCUUAUCAAGUUAGGAGUUUAAGCCCUCUCCCCUCUCCCCUCUCCCCUCUCCCAAUACCCCUCCCUCCUCUAGGAUAGAUAAUAUAAAUUGUUUCUUGAUGUAUCAAAAAAUUAAAAAAUAAAUAAAAAAAGAGUAGGGGUAUAUAUAUGACAAAUUAUACUUGUAUUUUGUAUAAUUUGUUUCUUGUGUCAAUUUGACUUCUAUAGUUCUAAUUA